AUGAAUAAGAAAGUGUGUGAAAAGUUUAGGAGUAUAUGGGAGUUUUUCCCCGAUAAAUUGAAUAAAGGAGAAUAUGAAUUUAAUGAUCAAAAUUUUUUAAAUGGUUAUUGUGAUAGUAAUAGUUGUGAUAGUGCUUUCGAAAGAAUUAAUGGUGGAUGUUUAUAUCUUUUUAAGCAAAUAUUUGGGACUUCUGAAUUGUUUAAGUCUGUUGCAAAUAGUAACAUCAAUAUUGUUGAGUACAUUUUGAUAUGGUUAAGUUAUAUGUUAAAUCUAAAGGAACAACCAGGAAAUGAUAACAAUCUAAAUUUUUUUUAUAGUACAACUAUAGAUAAUGAUAAGUAUAAAAUUUCUAUUACUGGCGUUGAAAAUGAUUAUAAAAAUUAUAAGGAUCUUAUAGAUAAAAAAAAAUAUUUUUUGGGUAUGGAUAAAAAAAUUAUAUCUAAUUUUUAUGAAGCAUUUAAAUUAUUAUGUGAAAUGUAUGCUGAAUUUGAUGAUAAAUCAUCAUAUUGCGCGAACUGUUCGAAAAAUGCUAGUAAUUUUGUUAAUAAAUAUAAAGAAAUGAAUCAAGAUUCUGUUAUUAAUAGUAAUGAUUACUAUAAACAACUAUUGUCUACUUUAUCAAAUGAUUAUAUUAAUUUUAAAAAUCAUUGUAAUAGUAGUGGUAAUUGUAAAGACUAUCCAGACCUUCCAAAGAUAGAAAACAUGCAAACUUCUGCACAUAUUUCUGAAGAUACAUCAGCAAGUUCAUCGGUAACAAACAAAUUAUUUACAGUUUUAUCGAUAUUUGGUGUAAUAGCAUUUCUUUUAGGAAUUUCUUACAAGUAUUCGCUAUUUGGAUUUCGGAAACGAUUUCAAAAACAAAAAUUAAGAGAAAAGCUAAAAAAUAUAAAGAAGAGAAUGAAUCAUUAA